AUGAUAAUGACCAAAAACCUCAUGCCUCUAACAAUGCUGUCGUACGCGGGCUGCAGCUUGCUGAUCCUCUCCGCGUCGCUCGCCGGUGCCUCGCUGGCCGAGAUGGUGUUCCGCUGCCCGGGCUGCACCGCGGAGCGCCAGGCGCUGUGCCCAAAGCUCACCGAGACGUGCGCGGAGAUAGUGCGCGAACCGGGCUGCGGGUGCUGCCCCGUGUGCGCCCGGCAAGAGGGCGAGAUGUGCGGCGUGUACACCCCGAGGUGCGCCACCGGUCUGCGGUGCUACCCGACGCCCGACUCGGAGCUUCCCCUGGAGCAACUGGUGCAAGGCCAGGGCCAGUGUCGGCGCAAAGUGGACACCGAGACGACCACUUACAGCCAGGAGCACCGGGAGCAAACCAGCGGUGAGACCGUGGAGCUCCAGCCCGAGCAGGGCGUCAGCGAGAUCACGGCCGUUCGGAAGCCCAGCAAAGAGACGACCUGGCUGGGACCCAAGGAGAGCGCCGUACGCCAGCACAGACAGGAGAUGAAGACCAAGAUGAAGACCAACAAGGUGGAGGAGGUGAAACCCACUCGGCCUAAGCAGACUCAGUGUCAGCAGGAGCUCGACCAGGUCCUGGAGCGGAUAUCCAAGAUGCCCUUCAGAGAUAACCGAGGUCCCCUGGAAGACCUGUACGCCCUGCAUAUCCCCAACUGCGACAAGAGGGGGCAGUAUAACCUCAAACAGUGCAAGAUGUCUCUCCACGGUCAGAGGGGCGAGUGCUGGUGCGUGGACCCCCACACCGGCCGGCCCAUCCCGUCGGCCCCGACCGUGAGGGGCGACCCCAACUGCAGCCAGUACCUCAGGGAGCUGGAGCUGGAGCUUCCCGACAUGGCGCAGAUCUAGUGUUGGCACGAAAACAAACAACAACAACAAAAAAAAAACUGUAAAGUACUUGUGAACAAAGAACAUCUGAGUAAGCUAUAUAUUAUCUUUCUGUGUGUAUGUGUCUCCAGCUCAUUUGAUGACACUGACAUUUGAAAUCUUAACCGACAAAAAAAAGAAAAAAAAUAGGAUUAAAUGAUAGAAUCCAGCUUGCUGCAUAAGAUGUAACUGCAGAUUACUUGUAGGCGGAGCAGUAAAGAUAAGACUCCGUAGAUACUCAGUAGCUGCCAGCUGGAGUGUCAGUAACUACGCUUUACUAAUUGUGAUUUUUUUUGCUUUGUUGUCAGUGUUUUGUACUGUAUGUGUUCAGGGGAGGGGGGAGAAAAAAAAAAAAAAAGAAAAGCCUUCAAUGUAUUGGAUGUUUUUCAUGCUCUAGCUUCCAGACUACUGUUCAUGCUAUGCUCUAGGCUUCCAGUGCUUAUUGGCUUUUAAGGAUGAAACGUAGUACAUGUAGCGUGCAUUAAGUGUUCAGCAGGAGGACGUGACUUUAAUUAACUGACAAUGCCAUUAAAAUGACAAAUACGUUCAA